AUGGCUACCUCAGACACGAGCUCUACUGCCACAUCCCCGACGAAUGCCGCCGUCGUCACCGGGCCUGUCGUCACCACCGAAAACAGCACCUUUUCGAGGCUUGGCCAUGCGCUUUCCCUAGUUCAGCAGAUCGAGGCGCUUGGGGAGGACCCUCCAGCGUCAAUCGUCCCCGAGCAAUGGCCUGUUGUGACCUGCAAGAAGGGCCUCAAGUACGUACCUGAAAACUGGCUAGAUAAGCGGCAAGACAGGCGCUCUUGGGUGUGGAAAUACGGCUUUUGCGUUGCCCUUGUCGUCGAUCCAACUGUCAAGAUGAAGGCGAAAAGCUUCCAUUUCGUCUGCAAGCGAUGUAGUGCAACGUUCAACGCUCAAUCGACUUCGGCCGCACGAAGUCAUCUCGAAGAACAACACCGUAUUUUUGACGAUAAACCUCACUCGAAUUCGAACGACCCCCAAGCUACAACAUCAAGAAAACGAGCUGCAACCAACCACAGUAUUAGCGAGAUGUUGAGCCGCAACAAGAACAAAAAGUCGACGGCCGUGGUUCCAAGAACCCAAGGGGAGCGCUUUCGUUACCUCCUUGUUUGUUGGAUGGCUACGGCAAACAUUCCGUUCGCCGCGGUGGAAAACAAGUAUUACCGUCAAAUACUACAGCUCUUCAACGCUCCAUUAACUGACGCCCUUCUUCCAAAAGGGGGGGAUACAACAAGAAGCUGGCUCACAAGUAUGUAUCACGAUCUUCUUGAUUCAAUCAAGAUUAAGCUCAAGGCUUCUCCACAUCAGAAACAUCUCUCUUUCGAUCUGUGGACCUCCUCUCAUGGCCUUGCGCUACUCGCAGUCGUUGUUCAUUACUUUGAGAGCUCUGGAAAUUAUCAAACACACCUCCUGACUCUGUCACGGAUUACGGGGACUCAUGCUGGCGAGAACAUUGCACCUGGUGUUCUAGACGUCAUCAAGACGUUUGACCUACAGCCCUGCCUUGGAUAUUUCCAAACCGACGAUGCAGAUAACAACGAUACGGCAAUGACAAAGGUCCUUUUACACCUCAAUCCAACGCUUUCCCCUGCGCAAGCCAUCGCCCUCAAAUGCAAGGUCCGGCUCAUCAAGUCCCUGGCACCGGAAUCCCUGGCACACCACAACGCAGCGGAAGAGGGAAGGCUUCUUCAGGAAUGGCGCAAGUCUGGCCCUAUUGGAAAGCUCCACUUCCUGGUUCAUCACAUUCGCCGCAGUCCUCAACGCCGGGAUCUGUUUUCGGAUAUCGCUAAGAGCAAGUUGACAGAGGAAGAACAGCAAGAAUUCGGCGCUAUUCUAAUGGACAAGGACAUUGCAAAGCUGCAGUUGCGUUCGGACAAUGAGACUCGAUGGCAUUCAGUCUACCACAUGAUCGACCGGGCAAUCAUGUUACGUGAUCCUCUGGAUUAUUUCGUCAACAUCGUGACCAAGAAAGGAUCCAGAUAA